AUGACUGUAAAGCAUCUCUCUCUGGAUUACAACAAAGUGAGCGAAAGAGGAACCUUCUCUCCCGGGGACAUCCUCUCUGGCAGGGUGACUGUUGAUACAAGCAAGGAAACCAAAGUGCAGUGCUUAUUGGUCAAAGCCAAAGGAAAAGCUAAGGUCACAUGGCAGGACCAAGAAGGAGAAGCCACGGGGACGCACAGCGACAAGAAGAAAUACUUUUAUUUUGAACAUAUUAUUCUUCAGGAUAAAAAAAAAGGAGAUGGUUCAGAAAUCAUCCGCCCGGGGAGAAAUGUGUAUCCAUUCACCUUUGUGAUUCCAAAUAUAGAUAUGCCUUCAUCUUACAAGGGGAAAUGGGGCACCAUUACAUACAGUUUGAUGGCAAAGCUGACUCAGUCCAUCUGGCUUGUCCACAAAACUAAGACUGAGGUCCCUUUUCUGACCAAGUCUGAGUUUCCCUUUGCCUCCAAAUCAGAUAUGAUAAUCAUUGGACUAAAGGAACAACAAUAUGCAACCAGGAUAUCAUUUUAUGGCUCUUCAAAGGUUACUAUGAAUGUAACCUCAGAAAAAAUGGGAGUAAAGCAAGGUGACGCUGUUGGAAUCUCUGUAGAGAUACUCAAUGACACUACACACGUGGUAACACCCAAAUUCUACCUGUGUGAAAAGCAAACCUUUGUUGCUCAGUCAAAGAGAAUAGUGCACACAAAUGAGAGCCUCUUUUCUUCAGGAGACGCUGUCCCAGCUGAGAGCACUUUGACUAUAACCAAAGUUUUGAGUAUCCCUCCACAGCUCCACCCUACCUUCUUCAACUGCUGCAUGAUGAAACUCGAGUACAGACUCAAGGUCACUCUUGACAUCCCUCUGGCAAGAGACUCAGAGAUCAAACUUCCUCUGGUCAUUCUGCUGGGUUCCCCAAAACCACAUCAACAAAAACCGAAGAGAUCCAUCUGGUUCAGGAAGCUUCCGGGUUAAACAUGUGCAUAAGAUCAAGUACCAGAUGUCAGUGUGCUGUAUGACAAGGAGAAACAGGACUUAACAUAACAACACACACAAUAAAUGUUUAAAAUAGCUGCUUCUACAUGAGUUUAAACUACCUCAAGGGCCUCAGAAUUCACUGUGUGUUCUCUUGUCCACUAGAUGGAGAUGUGUGUCACUAACCCAGCAGUAGUGUUUGAUUUGUUGGAGUGUAUCUACUCAAAUGAAAGAAUCCUUUACUUAAGUUAAAAUUCCAUUACUACAAUGUCAACCUGUAAAGUCUCUCCUGUCUGUGGUGUUAUUAGAUCAAUAUGGAUGCAUGUUUGCAUAAUAUAUAGCAUGUUAUGGUUGAAGAUAUAGAGGUAUGGCUUGUUUAACUGUAUACACUUUAUAUGGGUAGUUUAGUUUAACUAAGUAAACAAAUCUGUUUUGAUUUGGGAAAAUCUUUGCUUUUUUGUUAAAUAAUGGAUUGCUUUUUACAGUUAUUAAAAUUAAACCAGUGAGAAGUUUA